CAUCAUGACGGGGAAACAAGGCGCCGUGCUUUCGGAAAGUUUACAUUUAUCGGAGAAAACCUCUCUGGGCGCGAAUGGAGGGAGUAUCAGCCACCAGCCGAAGAGCAGCGCGACCCAUCCGCCGCCCAGGUGCACCGGCUUUGGCAUCCAGGAGAUACUGGGGCUGAAUAAGGAGCCGUCCGCGGCCCCGAGGAGCCCGCUGAGCUCGCUGCCGGUCGGGGCGCACCUGAUCGCCGCUAGGUCUUUGUUGGGCCCCGUCGGCAUGGGUGUGGGUGUCGGCAUGGGAUUAUUCGACCCUGGUAGAAUUCCGUCGUUUUACAGACAACCAGCGUUUUUGGAGACUGUGCUGUCGAACGCACAUGAUGUUCACCUGCAGCCCCACAGCAGGUCCGUAGGGCCGCUGGACACCAGUCAGUCUGCCAGCUCAGACUCAGAUGAUUUGUCUUCAAAUGAAAGAAAACUCUCAAAGUCAUCAGUAAGUCAAAGCAAGAAACGGAAGAAAAGACGCCACCGGACCAUAUUCACCUCAUAUCAGUUGGAGGAGCUGGAAAAGGCCUUUAAUGAAGCGCACUACCCUGAUGUUUAUGCCCGGGAGAUGUUGGCCAUGAAAACAGAGCUACCUGAAGACAGGAUACAGGUAUGGUUUCAGAACCGCAGAGCCAAGUGGAGGAAGAGGGAGAAAUGCUGGGGCCGCAGCACUGUGAUGGCUGAGUACGGGCUGUAUGGAGCCAUGGUGAGGCACUCCAUCCCCCUGCCAGAGUCCAUCCUCAAGUCUGCCAAGGACGGCAUCAUGGAGUCCUGCGCCCCCUGGCUGCUCGUCCAAGAUGGCUUACCAAUCAACAGACGCUAUUCUAAAUCUGAAUACCCGCAACUCUUUGCAGGGAUGCACAAAAAGUCCACGGAGACAGCAGCCCCCCCACCGGCAACAGGACAGUGUGACGCGCCCCAGCAGCCGAGCUCUCAGAGGGCGGAAGAAGCCGAAGCGGAGGAGAAGAGGUCAGAGGGCAAGUCCACCAUUUCUAAAGAGGAACUGAGAGAGAACAGCAUUGCUGCACUCAGGGCCAAGGCACAGGAGCACAGUGCCAAAGUGCUGGGGACGGUUUCUCAAGACAGACUGCUGGAGGGCAAACAGGAGAGACAGGUGGCCGAGGAGAAAGCCGGUGAUCCCCUGAGUCCCGCGGAGGAGGAGAAAAGUCCCUAGAGACUGCCACGUUCCUGUGGACUGAUAAUGUCAUGAGUGAAUGCAGUGGGCUGCACUUCCCCAACAUAACUCGCUGUCCUGCAGGUGUUCAUCCCUCAUUGACUUCUCUAUAACUGGCCUGCGUGUGGACUUCUUUAAGAAGAAAACUCAUCCGGCCACUGCUGCACACACAGAGGAUGCAAAAUGCACUUUUUCUGAUUUACUUCCAAAAUCCACAGUUGUUGUUGCUUAAUGCGUAGUAGAGAAGAUUUGACUGAGUGGGAGUAAAGUGUUAAUACUGGUGUAUAUAGAUCCCACAGUUAUAUAGAGAGUCAGAUGAGUCAAAUUAAAUCGAGUACAACAGUUAUAUCAUAUUAAUCAGGACUACCUGCGACCCAUGAGCAGUCAAGUGCAUUUCAUUCUCGGCAUUCAUUUUAAUGUUGCUUGCACAGAUACUGAAUGGUGACAUUUCAGAUACAA